GACAAAAUCCAAACAAAAGCGAAGCUCCGAGAGCCGCAAAAAAAAAAAAAACAUGUCUACGGCUUAGAGCGAAGCUCGGCAGAUUCUGUCUCAGUGAUUCCCCUUCAGUUCUUUUGUCUUCCCUCUUCUUUACUUCGUGUGUUCUUGCUUUCUUUAGUUCAAAGAUUGCUCCGGCCUCUGGACCCAGAUAACUAGAACCCGAUUGUUCUGGUGCUUUGAAGGCUGUUGUCAUUCGUCAGCCAUGCCUUUGCUCGCUCUUGAUGCUUGCUGGGCUCAAGCUGGCGAUACCUCUCCGACUCAUGUUAUUGGUGCUUCAGUCUUCAAGGGUGAGGAGUUUGUUGGCCUCAACGACGCAACGAAGCAUUUUCAUGCCACCUGUUGCAGUGCGUGUAGAGUAAGCACAAGUCGUGCUUCAGUUCGAUGCUCAGUGAAGAGAUCAAGAUAUAGAAGACCGCAGAAAAGUAUUGACCUUGAUCUGCAAGUUGACCGGAGUUCAUCCAAGACAAAUGUUGCUGAUAGAUCUUCUUCAACAGUUGAAAAUGCUCCGAGUGUAGAUGUUUCCUCCAACAGUUCUGCGAAUUCUACCACAUCCAUUUCCUCCAGGGGUACUGUCCUUCAGGCGUGUACAGUCACUUCUGGCUUAAUGGUUGCUCUUGGUGCUAUAAUUAGAGAGGCAUCUCACGUUGCCUUCAUGGAAGGAUUGCCGGUGAUUGACUGCACAAAGGAAAUAUCAUUUGGUUUUGAGACAUGGCAUCUUGAGUUGCUUACAGGACUGGUUAUUCUGAUAUCAUCUUGUCGGUACUUACUACUGAGGACUUGGCCAGACUUUGCAGAGUCUAGUGAAGCAGCCAAUCAGCAGGUUCUUACCUCACUUGAACCUGUGGAUUAUUUGGUAGUUUCAUUUCUCCCUGGAAUCAGCGAGGAACUUCUUUUCCGUGGUACACUGCUCCCACUGACCGGAAACAACUGGAACAGCGUCCUGCUUGUUGCCGUCUUAUUCGGGAUAUUACAUUUGGGCAGUGGACGAAAGUCUUCCUUUGCAAUUUGGGCAACCUUUGUUGGACUGAUGUACGGUUCUGCAACAAUGAUCUCUUCGAGCAUUGUCGUGCCGAUGCUUUCUCACUCGUUGAACAAUCUGGUUGGAGGGAUGAUAUGGCGCUACUCAAAGUCGGAGUCACCGCAGUAA